CAGCACCGCCGACAUCCCGCCCCGCUCCUGCCCUGCCCCGGCGGCUGCGGCGGAAGCGCCGCCGGCCCCUUCCGGCGAGAGCCGCCCCACGUGUGCUGCGCGGCCAACAUGGAGACCGAGGCUGCGGCCGGCGGCGGCUUCACCAGCGUUGUGUCCCGGCGGAGCCGCAGGAAGCGGCGGGCGGGCGGCGAGGAGCCGGCGGCGGGAGCUGCCAUGGACACGGCGGAAGCGCGGCCCAGCAAGCGGCCGGCGUUCCCGCCCGUGGCCGCCGAGGCGCUGGGGGUCGGGAAGGGUGAGCUGAGGAAGAUCCCUGUGCCGGCCAACAGGUACACGCCGCUGAAGGAGAACUGGAUGAAGAUAUUCACGCCCAUUGUGGAGCAUCUGCAGCUUCAAAUCAGGUUCAACUUGAAAACGAGAAAUGUUGAGAUCAAGACUUGUCAAGAGACAAAGGAUCUCAGUGCUCUGACAAAAGCAGCUGAUUUUGUGAAAGCCUUUAUACUUGGAUUUCAAGUAGAGGAUGCCCUUGCUCUCAUCAGAUUAGACGAUCUUUUUCUAGAGUCAUUUGAAGUUACAGACGUCAAACCUUUGAAAGGAGAUCAUCUGUCAAGAGCAAUAGGGAGAAUAGCAGGGAAAGGUGGAAAAACCAAAUUCACCAUAGAAAAUGUGACCAGGACACGCAUCGUUCUUGCUGACACAAAAGUUCAUAUUUUGGGAUCUUUUCAGAACAUUAAAAUGGCACGAACAGCGAUUUGCAACCUAAUUUUAGGAAGUCCUCCAUCCAAAGUUUAUGGCAAUAUUAGGGCGGUGGCCAGCAGAGCAGCUGAGAGGUUCUGAGCUGCACCACCAAGGACUGGGGCCAGAAGUCCAGGUUCCUGGACACAGGAGAAGCCAAGAGCUACAGAAGCCAUCAGGUUUCUGCUGGAUUUGGAAGCCCAGAAGAAAACCACAACUGUUUGUGCACUCUGACUGACUUUGGACAUGUGGUCUGAUUUGAACAGACCUAAUGUUUGUGUCUAGUCAUUAAAAGGGGUUUUAAAUUGUGUCUA